AUGAACAAGAAACUACCAAAAAAUGACCGAGAUCUUAAUAGAUUCAAAUUGGAAAAUGAAGCAGCAGAAAACUCAUCUUUGGAUCUAAAUCUGGAAGGUGCAUCCUCUAUAGCAGCAUCAUCGAAUAGUUCUCCAAUAACCAAUUCUACGUUAAAGCAUGCAGUGGAUGAAUCAACUUCAGGAAAGGAAAAACCACUUUUGAAGGGACUAGCACAAGCAAAGAAGAAAAGUAUAAAUCCAAAUAACUCCAAAGUACUCGGGAUCACAAGACCUAUGUCCGCAUGUAAAAGAUGUCGGCGAAAAAAGAUAAAAUGUGAUCAACGAUUCCCCAACUGUUCUCGAUGUGAAAAGGCAGGAGUUGAAUGCAUAGGUUUAGACCCGGUUCUGGGAAGAGAUAUACCUAGAAGUUAUGUCCUUGAUUUAGAAAAUAGGGUAGGGAAACUAGAGCAAUUGCUUGAUGCUAAUGGGAUAAAGAUUAAUGAAGAUGAGCUUUAUCCUAAUCUUAGUUCAAGUGGUGCUUCAAUGUAUGAGAAGACUGGAAAACACAUUCCUAUUUCAGACAAAAAUGUCUCUGAGCAGACACAGAAUGGCAGACCACAUACAACAACAGAUCCCGAAUGUUGUUCCGAGCCUAUCAAGUCUUCGGAAGAAACAAAAUACGAGAAAAAUAUAUCGUUUGACAAGUUGAUUUUUACGGCAGUCAAAUUUAAUCAAAAGAAUCAAAUGUCAUUGCAUAAUGGAGGAAAUGGUUCAGUAAAGGGAACUCCCCAUUUUGUAGGGAUGCCUCAAGAUCCCACAAUAUCCAAUAACGAAACAACAACUUUCCCAUCAAUUCUUCCACCCAAAUCAACGGCCAUAGAAUUCAUCCGAAUUUACUUUUCACAACUGAAUGCACAACUCCCGAUACUUCACAGAGAAGAAUUUGUUGAAAAAUGGUUCGAACCCAUCUACGGAGCCAUUGAUAAUGAUGUUUCUCUUGCAGAUAACGCAGCCAAUAAACCCAAGGCAACUAAAUUAGCAAGUCUGGGAUCCACAGUUUCAGGAAUGGCAUCAUCUCAAUAUGACGACGAGGAACGGUCUGUUUCUUCUUCUUGUAAUGCUUCUUCAAGUCAUCUUUCACCUGAUAAUGGAGGAGAAAAAACAUCUUCACGAACAAUUCAAUAUGAAGAAACUUGGUUGUAUCAUUAUAAGAAGCAUUUUGAAAACUUGACGGAUAAGGAUGAUCUUCUCAAGAUUCUGAACGACAUAAUACCCCCACCAAAAUUCUGCAAACCUUUAUAUUUUCUUAAUAUGGUAUUUGCAAUAGCAUCUUCAGUUCAUCAUUUGCAAUAUCCAACCACCAUUUCACAUUCAUUCAAGUCAGCAGCUAUGAAGUAUAUUGAUUCAAUUUAUUCUUCACUUGAUCCACUCGAAUCACUUCAGGGUAUACUUCUUCUUGCUCUUUAUUCUACCAUGAGACCAGCAGUUCCAGGGAUCUGGUACGUUUUAGGGACUGCUCUUCGUUUAUGUGUGGAUAUGGGUUUGCACAAUGAUUCGAUAUUUCAUAUAACAAAAGACCCCUUCACAAGAGACAUGCGGCGUCGUUUGUUCUGGUGCACUUACUCCUUAGAUCGUCAGAUAUGCUUUUAUUUAAACCGUCCAGUGGGGAUUCCUGAUGAGUGUAUAAACACUUCAUUCCCCUCUCUUUUGGACGAUAAGUACCUUGUACGUGGGAUGGAGCAAAUGCCUUCUAAUCCUAGUAAUGAAGAUGAUGAAAGGAUCCCCAGUUACAAGCAUAUCUCUUUGACAUUCUUCCAAAUGCGUCAAAUCCAAAGUGAAACUCAAAGAGUGUUGUAUGAAAACCUGGAAAUCCCUAGGAAAUAUGCUUCUUUGGAGGAAUGGAAGGUGGAUAUGUCCCAUCUUUUAAUUAAUUGGUAUUCCCAGAUCCCCCUGGAGGAAAUAAUGAAUUGCAACUUUAAUUCAGUAUUCUUUAGGUUGAAUUUCCAUCAUACGAUGAUGAUGUUGCAUAACUUAUCACCAAAGAAUUAUAUUCUUAGUGAUGCGGAUUAUGAUGUGGUGUGCAGCUCAGCACAGGGAUUAAUUAAGUGCUAUUAUCAACUUUUUGAAACCAAACUGAUCAAUUAUACUUGGGCCGCAGUUCACAAUUUGUUCAUGGCAGGUAGUACUUUCCUCUAUGCGAUUUAUAAUAGUGAAAAGGUUAGAAACAAGAACUCAUCGAUUGAAGUGAAGAAAAUCACUCUGGAUUGUCUUACUGUUCUUCAUUCACUUGUUGAUCGAUGCGAUGCAGCUUUCAAUUGUUGUGAAGUUUUCAAACGACUAACCAUGGUCAUAAUCAAAUUGAAAUACAACGAAGUUGUUUAUGGGAAUACCAAUCCUCUGGUAGAAAACACUCGACCCAAAAUCAAAAUGAACUCCAAUUUGACCAAAUUAGUUGAAAAGUUGUUGGAAAGUACCAUCACGGAAGAAUUACAAAGAGAGCGUAAACGAAGGAGACCCACGCAGAAUUCAUCCAAUAAUAAUAAUAAGAAAAAAUUGAAGCACUUGCACCAACAACAACAAGGGUUACCAUUGAAUCAACCUCCCAUGGUUUCUUCUAACAGUGCUUCAUUCAUUAAUACAAAGAACGGCAAUGCAACGCCAAUAGGAUUCUACCAAGUUCCUCCGAAUGGGUUGCAAUCAAGUGGUACAUCUGGAACAUCGGAGCUAGCACUGAGUAAGGCUUUACCAAAUGACAUUCUCAGUUUCAAUGAUUUGUUCUAUUCUGAAUCACCAAUGGACUUUGAAUGGCGUAGUGAUAAUGUGGAGCAAUCAGAUGCCCAAGGAGAUACGAAUUUGGAAUCCUUCUUUGCCGAAUUGGAAAACCUAAGUCCUACCAAUUCAGAAGAAUUACUUGGAGUUGAUUCCUUGAAUGAAGACCCCAUUACGGGUGAUAGUAUGAAACUUGAAGAGGAUACCAAUAUUUGCAACCCUCAAUCUUCAUAUCAUCCUUCACAACAACUACCGCAGCAACAGCAAGCACAAAUGCUGCAACUGCAACAACUGCAACUGCAGCAGUCUCAUGUUCAUUUCAAUCUGGUACAGGUCCCCUCCAGUAUGUCACCACCGCCACCAGUUUAUGUCAAUCCUCGACUGCGGCUUCAUUCGAACCUGCUGCUGUUAUUUGUUCCGUCUAAUAAUCCGUUGAGGUCUGUAUCACCACCGUUACCUUUGGAUGAUAGUCCUUACACAAUUCAACAAGGAAGAAAAGUGUUUGAACUUUUGCAACAAAUGCCUACUGAAUCGAUUUGGGACCAGUAUUUUGCUUCAGGUGGCAACUUCAACGGACCGCCAGGAACCAUGCCACCCAAUUGA